AGUCACUCAAAUUCCACCACUCGCACACUUGCCACGCCGUCACCACCAUUCUGCGUCAAACUCAACAGUGCCAAAUCAACCAGGUGGUUGCUAAGAGAUGAUGUAUUACAUUGCUGAAAGCUUCUGAUGCUCUGGCACCUGUAUACCGGACUUCUGUCGUCAUCCAACCCCUGCGCACUUCGCUCAUGUGAAGUUUAACGUUGGUGCUCACAUCACAGCGAGCUCCCUCCAGCGGAACUACCAUGGCGGCAUUAAUUGUUCCAUCUGCCCUCACCAACCCCACUGCUGGGUCCAAAACAGCACAGCAAGGGCACGGAAGCAACGAAGAGCCCCUGAAAUCUGGAAAUGAAGGGGCAAAGCAGAAAAGACGGGAUGUUGGUCAAAACAUGGUCCUGGAGAAAACACGCGAGUUCUUCCAGGUCUGUGACAUUGAAAAAAAGGGCUUCAUCACUCAACGUGACAUGCAGAGGUUGCUUGGUGAAGUCCCUCUCAAUGCGGACGACUUGGAGAAAGUAUUUGACACGCUCGAUUCUGACAGCAAUGGAUUUCUCACACUCGAUGAGUUUUCCGCUGGCUUUAGUGAAUUUCUGUAUGGCAGAGACAUUUUGUUAAAAGAAGGCAUGGGAGAUAAACCGCCCCGUGCAAAGCUUACGGAAGCGCUUUACCAGAGCCGGUGGGAAGAGGGUUCGGCAGCCUCAGAGGAUGAAGAAGAGAAGCAUUUUUCCAUGCUGAUGGAGCGCCUCGGAGCCAACAAGGUCUUUGAAGAUCCUGUAGAGGUACGCAGUUUGUGGGCUCAGCUACGGCGGGAUGAGCCACACCUCUUGUCCAAUUUUGAGGACUUCCUGGCAAGGGUAACUUCCCAGAUAAUAGUGGCGAACCAGGAAAAGAGGGAGAUGGAGAGCGCACUGCAACGAAAAGCAGCAACACAUGAUGAUGAGAUCCAUCGACUUUACGAGGAAAUGGAGCAGCAAAUAAAGAGUGAAAGAGAACGGAUUGUGUUGCAGGACUAUAAGACGUUUGUGUCUCGCAGUCAAGACCUUGAAAGACAGUUAACCACCAAGGAGAAAGAGUUGGAACAGCUCUUUCACAAGCAGAGGAGGUUGGAAGAUCAGUGUCAGGAGCUUCAUAGUGUGCAACAUGUGACCAAGGUUGAAAAUGUAAAGCUGAAAAAAACAAAUGAUGAACUGGCAAAAGAAUUGGAUCAAGCCAGUCAAGAGCUGCUUUUGGCACAAGAGCAAUUGAGUUUGCUCCACCAGAAGUCCACACGACUCAAUGAGGAGAAAGAAAUGGAAAUAUACCGAAUGACAGAAGGACUGCAGCGUGAGCGAGCAAGCCUUCUUAAACAACUGGACAUGAUGAGGGAAGUGAACAAACAUCUACGAGAUGAAAAAGACAUUUUCUUUCAGAAUCCCCAUAAUAGUGAUAACACAAGAUUGCAGCCAAGGCCACUAUGUAAUGCUGGGACAGACACUCACUUAUCAAAAAGCUGUGAGGAUGUGGAAGAGGAUGUAAGGCAGAACUCAGCCAACAUGUUAAAGAACCCAUGUGGCCUAGAGGUGACCAGAGGUUACCUACCGAGGAUCAUCUCUAUUGAGGAGGACCACCUCCCACAUUUGCUCCAAAAUGGCGGCCAUGGCCAGAUCCCUCUUCAGCCAUAUAAUGAAGGCGAGGAAGUGAAAAACCAGGAAGAGAAUAUAGACUUGGUGAUGAGUGACAUUUACCCUGCUCAGCUUUAUUUGUCGAACGGAGAGUCGAACGGAGUUGGAGAAGUCUUUCAAACGCCAAUGUUUCCAAGGGGUCAACCUGUUGGGAAGGAGAACAGCAUAAAUGAGGAAAGCAGUCCGUCGCUGCCAGACCGGCUGUUUAAAAUCGUUCUUGUGGGGAACUCCAAUGUUGGAAAGACCUCCCUCCUUCGACGCUUUUGUGAUAACAGUUUCCAACCUGACACUUCCGCUACUGUCGGUAUAGACUACAGCGUGAAGACAAUAAUUGUGGAUAACAGCCAGGUGGCACUGCAGGUCUGGGAUACGGCAGGACAAGAAAGGUAUCGAAGCAUCACCAAGCAAUUUUUCCGCAAAGCUGACGGUGUGGUUGUGAUGUAUGACAUAACAGUUCAGCAGAGCUUCACGGCUGUCAGAGAGUGGCUGACAAGUGUCAAGGAAGGCUCAGGCGAAGACAUAAUUUUAAUGCUGUUGGGAAACAAAACAGACUUGCAGAAAGAAAGACAAGUGCAUAAAACAAUUGGGGAGAGGCUGGCUAAGGACUGCCAGAUGACUUUCUUUGAGUGCAGUGCUUGCUCAGGGCAUAAUGUAUUAGAAGCCAUGCUUCAUUUGGCUAGAACCCUAAAAGAACAAGAGGAUCGGGAAAAAGAGAAGACUGUCCAGUUGGUCAGCAGCUCAAUGGAGAAGAAGAAAUCCUGCUGUCAACAGAUAUAACACACACUUGCACACUGUCACUUGCCCUACUCUUGUCUCAUACUCAUUUUCUGAACGUAUUAUUAUAUCACCAAAAAAGUUAAAUUCUUUUAAAUGAUGCGUUUUUCAAUCACAUGCAGACUUUUAACUACUGUAUGUAUCAGUUCAGACUGCAAUUAUCACAUAAUUCAUUAAUUUGCAACACAUCAGAACAUGUAAAAUGUUAGUAUUGGGUUGUCUAAAGAUCACUUGAGUGUUUUAGUUCUUGCUGUCCUGGGGAUGUUCUUCUCACUGUGUAGUUUAAAUAUGUUGUUCACUGGGUUCAUCUGGGUGUUAUACAAUGUGUAGCAUUUGCUGCCACUGUAUUCUAUAUUGUUAUUUUAUUCUUACAUUUUUGUGGCUGCCAGCUCAUGUUGUAGUUAGUGGCUAUUCUUUGAAGCAUUUGGUUGUUAAUCAAAUUUGUUUCAUUCUGUAAAAAACAUUUACAGUCAGAUGCACUUAUUUACGUGCCAAGUAUUUUAUACACAGAAUACUGUUCAUUAUUUAAUAGUUUGCCAAGUAAGUUAUUUAAAUUGUAUGUGACCUCAGAUACUGUUAUUAUAAUUCACUAUUAGUGGAGUACUACCACCAUUGUCUUGCACAUAACUUUUAUGUAUACACAGCGAUAUUUAAUUCAUGAAAAAAUAAACUACAGCAUUGGGUAUUGUUCAUAAAGUUG